AUGACGUAUAUUAAAGGAAUCAUUCAUCACGGUCUUUGGUUUCUUAAAGAAAGCAAGUGUAGCUUAGUAGGUUUUUCUGAUUCUGAUUUUGGUGGUUGCAAGUCGGAUAGGAAAAACACUAGUGAAACUUGUAAUAUGUUUGGAAAUUGUUCAAUUUGUUGGCACAAUAAGAAGCAACAUAUUGUUUCUCUUUCUACCGCUGAGACUGAAAAUGUAGCCACUGAUAAUUAUUGUUCACGAGUCUUAUGGGUAAAGCAACAAUUAUUAGAUUAUGAUUUGAAAUUAGGUUGUGUUCCAAUCAAAUGUGAUAAGGCUAGCACGCUAAGUCUUACUAAGAAUCUUGUGUUACAUUCAGACACCAAACACAUAGAAAUCUGA